UAGGGCAACAAGUUGUGUGUGUGUGUGUGUUAUUAGGUGUCUGCAGUUCUAAUAAAGGAAAGCAGUGUGUCCUUCACUGCCUCAUCAGAUGGCUUUGCUCUGCUUUGUCUGCCUUUCUGAUUUCUGUCUAUGUGUCUGUCGGUGUUGCGGUGGAGCUGGAUGGCUCUUAGACUGUGGGUCAUCUGGAGAAAGGCGCUUUCGGGAUGGACCUCACCUGUACUUUCGGACUAUCUCUAUGCAAUGAGUGUGUUUGAGACUGAGAAACUUUAGAUGUUUUUGUGGUGUUUUUGACCUGGUGUGAAGUGGGUAUACAAUAAGGCAGUGUGUGUGUGUGUGUUUGUGUAUGUGUGUGUGCCAUUGCUGUUGCCCACGCCAUUAGAAAUGCUGGGGUGUCCAGCGAGAUUAUUUUUGGAUCAGUGACAGCGUGUCAAUGGCUGCAGAUGCAUCGCAAAGGAAGGCUCUGAGAUACCAACAGACCCUGCUCUACGGAGAGUACAGGGAGCAGCUGGGAAACUUCGCCCGACGGGAGGCUGCCCGUUUACUGACAGAGAGACAAUGGAGAAGACAGGCAGGGGACAAUACCGCAGCCACAGGCCGCAAAGGCCACGGCCGGCGGCAUCAUCAUCAGCACCCUGUGACCCUGGAGUCGCAUCACAGCCAUGCCUCCUCCACCAAGAAGCCUCGUCCCUACUCCAAAUGCCAAGAUUGUUUGGCUCGUGUGCGGUGCUACAUAGUGACAAAAAUGGGAGAGGAUUGGAUUUUCCUGGUUCUUCUGGGAUUGACUAUGGCUCUAGUUAGCUGGAGUAUGGACUAUGCUAGUGCCAAGAGCCUGCAAGCCUAUAAAUGGGUGCAUGGGGAGCUUAAGGGCAAUGUACCGCUCCAGUACCUCGCCUGGGUUACGUAUCCCAUGAUCCUUGUCAUGUUUGCCUCGCUCUUCUGUCACCUGGUUUCCCCGCAGGCCAUCGGUUCUGGUAUCCCUGAGCUGAAAACCAUCCUGAGAGGUGUAGUCUUAAAAGAAUAUCUGACCCUUAAAGCCUUCAUAGCUAAAGUCAUCGGCCUAACCGCUGGCCUGGGCAGUGGGAUGCCUGUGGGCAAAGAGGGUCCCUUUGUCCACAUUGCCAGCAUCUGCGCCGCAGUGUUGAGUCGAUUCAUGUCCAUCUUCUCUGGAGUCUACGAGAACCCUUAUGGUUACACAGAUAUACUGACUGUUGGCUGUGCCGUGGGGGUGGGAUGCUGUUUUGGCACUCCACUAGGAGGGGUGCUGUUUAGUAUUGAGGUCACGUCUACCUACUUUGCGGUGAGGAAUUACUGGCGGGGAUACUUUGCCGCCACAUUCAGUGCCUUCAUAUUCCGGGUGCUGUCUGUUUGGAACAAGGAUGCUGUCACAAUCACAGCUCUCUUCAAAACAAACUUUCGGAUGGAUUUUCCCUUUGACCUUCAAGAGCUGCCUGCAUUUGCAAUAAUAGGGAUCUCGUGUGGCUUUUUGGGAGCGUUCUUCGUUUACCUGAACAGACAGGUGGUUCUCUUCAUGAGAAGGCCUACGGCUCUUACACGUUUUCUAACCAAACAUCGUUUGAUCUAUCCAGGUGCAGUGACAUUGAUCAUCGCCACCAUCACGUUUCCUCCUGGAUUUGGACAGUUUAUGGCUGGAGAGCUGAUGCCUAGAGAGUGUAUCAACUCACUCUUUGAUAAUUUCACCUGGACCAAAAUCUCAGGAUACCCUGCUCCCCCCGGCCUGGGUCGCUCUGCCGCGUGGCUUCAUCCUCGUGUCAGUGUCUUUAUCAUCCUUCUCCUCUUCUUCAUCAUGAAGUUCUGGAUGUCAGCAGUUUCCACCACUAUGCCCAUCCCCUCAGGUGCCUUUAUGCCGGUGUUCAUAUUAGGAGCUGCUUUCGGUCGCCUUGUCGGAGAGAUCAUGGCCACUCUGUUCCCAAAUGGAAUCUUGUUUGAUGGGAUAGUCUACCGCAUCCUGCCAGGAGGUUACGCUGUCAUUGGUGCAGCAGCGAUGACAGGGGCUGUCACACAUACAGUUUCCACAGCAGUAAUUUGCUUUGAGCUCACUGGUCAAAUCUCCCACAUCCUACCCAUGAUGGUGGCCGUCAUCUUAGCUAAUAUGGUGGCGCAGGGUCUACAGCCAUCUCUCUACGACUCCAUCAUCCAGGUGAAGAAGCUACCCUACUUGCCUGAGCUGGCCCUUGGGCACAUAAGCAAGUAUAACAUCUUUGUGGAGGACAUUAUGGUGCGCAAAGUGAGAUUUCUGUCUUCUCAAGCCACCUUUCGGGAAUUAAACCAUCUGCUUGACACCACAACCCUGAAAACCAUCCCCAUUGUCGACUCCAAAGAAUCUAUGAUUCUGCUAGGUUCAAUUGAGAGGACAGAGCUUCAAGCCCUCUUGGACUGGUGGCUUUCACCUCAAAGACGAGUCUUUGAAAGAGGUCAAAGUUCACCGGGUCAAGCCUCCAAAAUCAGCUGGGAGUCAUUCACCUUUGUAGAUGAGGAGGGAGGCGAGGAAAGCCCAGACAAGACCACCACUCCUGUGCAGGAAGAAUGUAAUGGACCCGUUCCUGCCCCCAAACCUCAGGAUCCCUCCACCAACCACACAGACUCAGACAAGCGCAAGCUGCCAUCUGUCAGGAGGACCCUUCAAAGACUCUUCUCCUCCACGUCUUUGUCAGGCCAGACAGAUACUCAGGAGACCACAACCCCUCAGUUGACUGACACCAUGUCUCCAGAGGAGAUCAAAGCCUGGGAAGAAGCAGAGCUGAACAAACCAAUUGAUAUGGAGCAGAUACGCAUAGACCCCUCUCCAUUUCAGCUGGUGGAAAGAACGUCUCUGCACAAGACCCACACUCUGUUCUCCUUGCUGGGUCUCAGUCACGCCUAUGUCACCAGCAUUGGUAAGCUGGUGGGUGUUGUGGCACUGAAAGAGUUGCAGAAAGCCAUAGAGGGCUCAACUCGGAGCGGGGUGAGGCUUCGUCCUCCUCUGGCCAGUUUCAGAGACACCAGUAGGAAAGCCAAGAAGCACCAGCCUCCCUCAUCCACCACUUCCUCGCCAACACGGGACAGAGACCUGUGGGGGGAGGGUAGCAGAAGGGAAGGGGAGCUGGUGAGGAGGGAGUCCAAAGACGAUUCCCGAGGGAAGCCUUCAAGAGGAGCUCCUGGGUGUGACAUUGCUUCCUCUUCCCCCAGCACCAUGGAGAGCAAUAGUAGCUCCACCUCCACAAGAGGGGCCGAAGGCCCUGCUCAGGAGGCAGCAUCCCCCUCCACCUCCUCCUCUACCUCGCCGUCAGCCCCUGCCUCUCCCACGUCAGCCACCAGCCCUGUCCUCACACUGUCCUCCCUGCAGGAGGAGAGGGAGAGCGAGGAGUCUGAUGAGCCCAUUUAGGAGAAAACUUUCAAGAAGAAAAACUUUUACCUUCUUUUAAUGUCACUCCUUUUCCGAAAAGACAAAGCUGCAGUUUAGAUGGAGGAGUCAAAGCGACCUGCGGCUGUCACAGACAUUCAGCUCUCGGUGGGCAGGAGGAACUGGUGCACACAAAGCUCAAGAAUCUUUUAGUACAGGAUAUUUUUUUCUAUUCUUAUGAUAGUUUCACUUUUCCACUCUUUAAAAUCUCAGGUGCUUUCCCGUGUCUUCUGAACUGCUGACAACCGUUUCACUGAAGUUCAAUCUUCCAAGCGUAUCUCUGAAAUGCCGAAAACAGCUGAUUUUCACAUGUAUUAAGAUCUGUUAAUGUCAUUAAAGGUAUAAUAUGCAGCAAUGGUCAGUUAUUGUAAACUUGGCCUUGAGAAUGAGGAUGAGGGAACAGCUUUAGCAAGAAAAAAGCAAUGAAGCAUAAUUUUCUAAUUGUUUUACAAUGAUUGAGUUCUGAAGCAGAAAUCACACAAGUCAGCAGGGAAGGUGCUGCAUUUCUUAAUUUAGUGUGAAUUAGGUGUGGCUCUAGGCUAUAAACUGGUGUUGACAAUAACUAUAACACGUAUGAUAACAUUACCAGAUAACAUUGCAUUAAUACUUUCUGUAGUUUUUAAGUAGCUACUACCCAGUGUGUGACACUGGAAACCAUAAAAACAUGAGUGCCAGUCAGUAGUAGUUAUUCCAGUCUAAUUAUUAAAAUUUCUUUCUUAUUUUGGAUGUUGGUGUAAUGAAAACAUGCAAUGAAAACUAACAUCACAACAGCUCUUUUAUAAUAUUUAUGAGGAAAGAAAUAGAGGCAGUGAUGUAAUCCCGCCCUCCUGUUGUUAUUAGCUGGGGGCUACACAAUCAUUGCCCAAUGCUUGCAACCCAGGAAUGUACAGAAAACAGGAAAAACUGAAUAUAUUAAAUCAGUCUGUGCAGAUAAAUACAACAGUAAAGGAAAACUGAGAGAUUUUACUGUUUUAGGAAAAUCCUGCAUAUUAUACCUUUAAGUACCUGUAGGGUAGCUGACAGUAAAGAAUUGUAUUAUAAUGAAAUAAUAUAGUGAUUAAGACUUAAUUAAUUUGACUGAUGGGUCAAAGAGAUCACACAUUUAAAGUUUACUGAUUGAGGUUAAUUUAAAAUUAUAACUUGUUAUAACAUGUUUAUUAUGUAUUUUCUGUAUUGUGAAUCUAAAUCAUUAUUACUGGUUUGUAAUUUUUAAAAAAUAAUAAAUACUAUAUUUGU